UAGGCGUUGCUGGCGGCAGAGGCGGCGGAGGCGCGGUUUGAGAUGGUCAAGGAAUAGGACUCGCUAUCGGACCAAAACCAUGAGCUCUGAAGUAGAUGAGAACCUCUUUGGAGGUAUCAAGCCCCCGGCCCAGAGCGACAGCCUCAUCGUGCUGCUCCGAGAAAAGCACGCCACUCAGAAAACUCUCAAUGCUCCUGGCCUGGACCACAAGCCGGAGACCAUCCAGCUCGUCACCAGGGACAUGGUUCGGAAACUCAUUGGACUCACAGUGCAACUGGCAGUCUCUCCCACCACCAGCCAUGCUCAUGCUGGAGGGAUUGCAUGCUGGAUGUUCAUGCUGGAGGGAUUGCAUGCUGGAUGUUCAUGCUGGAGGGAUUGGAGGGAAGACAGCAGAGAAGCCUACAUCAUGGUGCUGAGAACUUCCCCUCAUUCCCCCUCCCUAACUUUGUUCAUUCCUUAUGUCAGCGUUCCCACCAAGGAUCCCUCUGGAGAAUCCCUUAUCAUGAGCCCCGAGGAAUUUGAGCGGAUCAAAUGGGCAUCCCAUGUGCUAACCAGAGAAGAACUUGAGGCCAGAGAGCAGGCCUUCAGGAAGGAGAAGGAAGCCAUCGUGGACGCAGUGACCACACGCAAGAAAGUCAUGAAACAGAAGGAAAUGGUUUGGAGGAACAACAAGAAGCUCAGUGACCUAGAGGAGGUGGCCAAGGAGAGGGCCCAGAACCUUCUGCAGAGAGCCAACAAGCUACGGAUGGAGCAGGAGGAGGAGCUCAAGGACAUGAGCAAGAUCAUCCUCAAUGCCAAGUGCCAUGCUAUCCGGGAUGCCCAAAUCCUGGAGAAGCAGGUGAUACAGAAAGAGCUGGAUGCGGAAGAGAAGCGAUUGGAUCAGAUGAUGGAGGUGGAAAGGCAGAAAUCUAUUCAAAGGCAGGAGGAAUGGGACAGGAAGAGGAAGGAGGAAAGAAUACGAGGACGACGGCACAUUGUGCAGCAGAUGGAAAAGAAGCAGGAGGAGCGAUCACUACUCGCUGAGCAGCGGGAGCAGGAGAAGGAGCAGCUGCUGGAAUACCUGGAACAGCUCCAUGCGGAGGAUCUCAGGGUAACAGGGCCGGACAGAUAUGCCAACUUCCACCAGCACCAGCAACAAAGCCUCCCAACAUUUAGGGGUUUCAGGGAGUAG